GAGCUGCACAUCGUCAUCAGAAAGAGACAAAAGAGCAGAGGACAUGGCUGGCGAGGAUUUGAUUGCCCAAUUCCAGGCGCUCGGCAUGAGCGAGCAGAAGGCGAAGGAGACUCUGAAGAAUGCCAACGUCACCAAGAACCUCCAACUGGCGUUGGCGGCGGCUGGUAGUGCCUCCCUGUCCGACGGCACCGGUAUGCUGAUCUACCACAUGGCCACCAAACUGAAGCCGCAGACGGCGGAGCAACUGCCUCUCCUGGUGCGCUACAUUGUGGAGCGCAAACUGGACAACACGCAGCGCGUGGACGCCGCUUUGGAGUACGUGCUCAAGUGUGGACAGAGCCUGAAGGCCAACAUCGAUGUCCAGGCGCUGGAGAAGGAGUGCGGCGUGGGAGUGGUGGUCACUCCGGAGCAGAUCGAGCGCACAGUGCAGGCCAAGAUCAAAGCCAGCUAUAAGGAUGCCUUGUUAGAGCAGCGCUACCACUUUAACUCCUUCAAGAUCCUGCAGGACGUCCGUGGCGAGCUUAAGUGGGCGGAUGCCAAGUCCGUAAAGGCGGCUAUCGAUGUGGAGAUCUUCGAUCUGUUGGGUCCUAAGACGGAGGCAGACCUGAAGCCUCCCACCAAGGCGAGCGAGAAGCCGAAGGCAGCGAAACCCAAAGCGGAUGCAGCUCCUACCUCCCAAGCCGAUGAAGCAGCGUCCGAUGGGGCCACCACGAUUGCAGAACUCAUGAAGACCAAGGUGCACUUCCAUGCCCCCGGCGAGAACUUUAAGGCCGACGGCUAUGUGGUCACCGAGCAUACGGAGCGGCUGCUGAAGGAGCACUUGGCAAGGACUGGAGGCAAAGUGCACACGAGAUUCCCACCAGAACCGAAUGGCAUCCUGCAUAUCGGUCAUGCCAAGGCCAUUAACAUCAACUUUGGCUACGCAGCUGCCCAUGAUGGAGUUUGUUAUCUGCGCUACGACGACACCAAUCCCGAGAAGGAGGAGGAGAAGUUCUUCUUGGCCAUCAAGGAGAUGGUGGAAUGGCUGGGCUACAAGCCCUACAAGAUCACCUACUCGUCGGACAACUUCCAGCAGCUUUACGAGUGGGCAGUGGUCCUAAUCAACAAGGGAUUGGCUUACGUGUGUCACCAGAAAGCGGAGGAGCUAAAGGGCUUCAACCCGAAGCCAAGCCCCUGGAGGGAGCGUCCCAUUGAGGAGUCAUUGCGGUUGUUUGAGGACAUGAAGCGCGGCAAGAUCGACGAGGGAGCAGCCACACUGCGCAUGAAGGUCACCCUGGAGGAGGGCAAGAUGGACCCGGUGGCGUAUCGCAUCAAGUUCAUUGCCCACCACCGCACGGGCUCCGACUGGUGCAUUUACCCCACCUACGAUUACACCCAUUGCCUCUGCGACUCGCUCGAGGAUAUCACCCACUCUCUAUGCACCAAGGAGUUCCAAUCAAGGAGAUCUUCGUACUACUGGCUUUGUAACGCUCUGGGUAUCUACUGUCCUGUGCAGUGGGAGUACGGAAGGCUCAACAUGAACUACGCCCUCGUUUCGAAGCGCAAGAUUGCCAAGCUGAUCACGGAACAGAUUGUUCACGACUGGGACGAUCCCAGGCUGUUUACUCUUACAGCCCUGAGAAGGAGGGGCUUCCCCGCAGAGGCCAUUAACAACUUCUGCGCCCAGAUGGGCGUCACCGGAGCCCAGAUCGCCGUGGAUCCAGCGAUGCUGGAGGCGGCAGUGCGGGAUGUACUCAAUAUCACUGCUCCGCGCCGUUUGGUUGUCCUGGAACCACUCAAAGUUACUAUCAAGAACUUCCCACAUGCGGCGCCCGUGCAGCUGGAAGUGCCUGAUUUCCCGCAGAACCCACUGCAAGGAUCGCACAAGAUCACCCUGGACAAGGUCAUCUAUAUCGAGCAGGGAGACUUUAAGUUGCAGCCCGAAAAGGGAUAUCGCCGACUGGCGCCAAAGCAAUCCGUAGGACUCCGGCACGCUGGUCUCGUCAUCAACGUGGAUGAGAUUGUAAAGGAUCCAGCAACGGGAGAAGUGGUGGAACUCAUCUGCACCAGCCAGUCUGCCGAGCAGGCCGAGAAGCCCAAGGCCUUUGUCCAGUGGGUUUCGCAACCGAUUCAGCUGGAGGUGCGCCUCUACGAGCAGCUCUUCAAGCACAAGAACCCCGAGGAUCCCAACGAGGUGCCCGGCGGCUUUCUGAGCGACAUCAGCGAACAGUCCAUGUCGGUGGCCGUAGCAUUUGCCGAUCGGGCCCUUACCCAGGCCAAGGUCUACGAUAAGUUCCAGUUCGAGAGGAUCGGCUUCUUCUCCGUGGAUCCAGACACCACCACGAACCACAUAGUGUUUAACCGCACCGUGGGCCUCAAAGAGGAUGCGGGCAAAAAGUGAUAGGAGCACAGGAUUUCCAGGACCCACUCAAAAUAGAAACAACAUCCGUAUCACAUUAAAAUUCGAUUUAUAAAAUCA